AUGACAUCGAUACCACCAUCUAACGACGGAGAAAUGAAUGAUACUCCCGCCUACGCUGAAGACAGAAAAGAAAUAGGGAUGGAAGAAUUACACGAAGGAGGCGAAGAAAUUUCAAGUCUCCCUCAAGAUGAAACGAACAAAUCUCCUGCCGAAACGCCCAGGCAGGAAUCGUUGGACUGCAAAGGAGACACAGAAGCAGCCGCUCCCGAACCCAAGUCGGCUCGCACACCUCUAACCGCCACCACCAAAAGACUAGCCGCCCCCAAAUCUCCCAGACUGAGGUCCGCCAUUGGCAAAAGCGGCAAUUCCAGCAGCAUACCGUUACCGGUAUCCAAGUCUAUCAAAACACCUUCUCCGUCAAAGGUGACACCUGGAAGCACCCCGUUGAGAACGGGCCUGGCGAAAUCCACGAAAUCGAUCCCGGGCUCGGGAAAAUGCGCCGGCAAGGACGGCUUGAACAAGCAAGCGCUGGAGGUGCAAUUCAAGGCCAAGAAGAAGAAGCUCGCCCAAAUGCAGAAGGAGCUGUUGGAGAAGCAGAAACCGGUCGUCGAGCUGUACCAAACUCUGAACGAUAUCAAGAAGAAACUGGAGGAUCUGGGCAAGGACGUGACGAUGGACGGGGUCAAGUUUUCCCCGUUUUUGAUUGGCGAAACGGCCCGUCCGAAGACGCCGACGGGCGCCGGCGAAUCGGUGCCUUCGACCGUCGUCGUCGAGCUCCAAUCGUCGAUCGAGGAGAUACCGAAGACGCUGACGGAGAUCUGCAGGAACCUGCUGAACCGGCGCAACGUGAUCGUCGAGCUGCUGGAGAACGUGUGCAAAUCGGCCGUGAACGGCAACGAUCUGGCCGAUCAGAUCGAGACGUUGAAGACGGAGGGCGUGAAUCUGCGCAGCCACUUGGACGUGGUGAUCAACGAGCACCACAACAAGAUCAAGGAGAUCAUCCAGCAUUGGAACGCGUUGCUGUCGCAAAGGAUGUCGGCGAACGGAUUGGAGGAGGACGAGGACGGCGAUGCGAUGAGCAAGGCGCUGUACGAGGAAUCGAAAGGGAUAAUCUUAGAUUUACAGAGAAAAUUGGAUGAAAAGAAGAACGGACACGAGCAGUGCGUUAACGAAUUAAAUAACGUUAUUAGCGGAUUGAAGGAGCAAAUACAGAAAUUCGAGCACGAUUUGGAAAUCGAAAGAAAGAACGCGCUAGAUUUCAAGCACAGAAACACCUCCAACUCGCAGAUGAUAAAAUCUUUGAGGAACAAAUUUAGCGAAUUGGAGAAUGAAAAAAAGGCCACCGACGCCACGAAUACGGAGCUACUCAAAAAAAUUAAACACCUCGAAGACAAGAUGAAGCACCAGGAGAGCCAAUGGACCAAGGACAAGGAGGAGCUGACGAAGAACAUCAAGCACCAGGAGAGCGCUAUGCAGAAGCUGGUCAGCGAGAAGAGCAACUUCGAGGCCAGAUUGGGCGACUGCAAGAACCAAAGCGUGACUGUGAAGGACUCGCUGCGCUCGGAGAUCAAGCGGCUGCAAGUGGAGAUGGAGGAUUUGCGCGGCCAAUUGGACGCGGUGACGGUCGAGAGGGACGAAGUCCGGCAACGGUGCAAGGAGAUGUCCGAUCACAUCAGUGAAUUGGGGCGCGAGAACAAGCAGACCAUGGAUAUCGUCAGCAAUAGCAUUCAAUGGGGCAGAGGUGGUCCGGAAGCUUCGUUGAAAGCCGACGAAUACACCAAAGACUUGAUGAAAGACAUCAUCAUACAAGAAUGCACCGAUAAAAUCAAGCAAUUGGAAGAGGAGAACGCCGAACAAAAGGAAAUAUUAACUAUUUUGCAACGCAAAGAACUCAGCAAAGAAACCGAACGGGAGAAGAAAAUGAUCGUUAACCAAGACGUGGUGGCCAAAUACAAGCAACUGCUGGCUGAGAGCGAGCGGAAAAUAUGCGAAAAAUCCCAGGAAGUGGCGAAACUGACAUCCGAAAUGAGGCAGCUGAAGGUACGCCAGGAGCACCUGGAGGAGCUGAACCAAAAGUGCCCCACGGAGAACCUGCAGAAGAUGGUGGAAGAGGGCAGGAGCAAACUCACCGAGCUGAUGAAGAAAUCGCUGGACAGCGAACAGAAGAUUUUGCACUGCGAAAGCAUCAUCGACAAGCAGAGCAAGCAGGUGAACGAAAUGGAGAACCUGCUGAGGUACAGGGAGAAUAUGGCUGGAGUUUUGAAGACCGACAGAGAUCAGCUGGUUAUCGAAAAGGAGAGCUUGAAUAGAUAUUCGCACGAACUGAGGACUGUUCUUGCCGAGGUGACGAAAGAGAGCAGAAUGAAGGAUCGUUUGGUCAAAGAGCUACGAGAUAAAAUUGACCUGCGCGAGCGGCAAAUCAGCAAAAUGGAUAAGGAAAUCCGCGACCUGGAGAACAACUUGGUCCUGACCAACGAGAAACGUUUCAAGCUGCAGGAAACCAUCGGCACCAUGGAGAAGGAGCUCCAAUACACCAAGGCGCACGUUAACCAAUUGGCCGAUAUAAACACACGGUAUGACAUCGUGGAAGACUCAAAUUCGCUAAACCGUUCUAAUAUGAGCUUAUAUCAUCCAUUGGUCCAGACUGGUUCAUCGCAGAUGAAAAUAAAAAUAACUCUAGGGUAA